CAAGGCCAAAAGUUACAUGGUCUGGCAUUAAAAAGUGGUCAAAUUGACAUGGUGCUCGAAGCUAGUCUUGUCGAUUUCUAUGCAAAGUGUGCGGAUCUGGUAUUGUCUGUUUCGAUAUUUGACGAAGUGAGAGCGAAGAAUAAACAUGUAUGGGGUGUUCUGAUGCGGGGAUUUAUCCAAAAUGGACAAUUCGCUGACGCAAUCACCUUGUUUUGGAAAAUGCAAGAUUUUGGUUAUGACCCGUGUGCCGAUUCCCUAAGGGGCAUAAUUUUUGCAUGCACGGAACUUGGAUAUUUGCGAUUUGGAAAAGGUGUUCAUGGAUAUCUAAUUAGGAAAUAUUUUUGCAGUAGCUUCAAUAUGGACACAUUGGAGACUUCCAUCCUUAACAUGUAUGCAAAAUGUGGAAGCAUUGUUUUGGCACGCAGGUGUUUUGAUAAAAUGUUGCACAAAGAUAUCAUAGCAUGGAGUUCCAUGGUUGAGGGAUAUGCGAUCCAUGGACUUGGGUCCAAGGCUUUGGAACUGUUCCAUCAAAUGCAAGAGGAAGGAGUUGAACCAAAUAGCAUAACUUUUCUUAGUUUGUUAUCAGCUUGUAGCCACUCAGGACUCAUUACUGAAGGCUGUGAUCUGUUUGAUUCCAUGUCUACAAAUUUUGGGAUUCAACCUGAGUUAAACCAUUAUACUUGCAUUGUGGACCUUCUCGGCCGUUGUGGGAAGCUAUACGAAGCUCUGGAAGUGAUUAACAACAUGAAGUGUAAGCCCGAUGCUCGGAUUUGGGGGGCUUUGCUUUCUUCAUGUUGGGUUCAUUCAGAUGAUAUGCUUGGCAGUUAUGCAGCUCAGCAGCUCUUCAAAUUGGAACCAGGUAAUAUGGGUUAUCAUGUUGUACUGAGUAACAUUAAUGUUGGUGAAGGCAAAUGGGAAAAGGCUGAAACAAUUAGAAAGGAUGUGAACAUAAGGAAUGUUAAGAAGAAACCAGGUUGGAGUUGCAUAGGAGUACAAGGAAGGUUCUAUGUAUUUGUCGCUGCAGAUACAUUGCACCCUCAAGUUGAUGAAAUUUACAGGACUCUAGUGUGUUUAACAUGGCAUACUGAAGGAAUAGGGGAUGGGGGCCCUCAUGUACUUUCUACUGGAAUAAUCGUCAAUGCGAUUGAUAGAGAAAUGGUUUGAUCCGUGAAGAUAAUUCAUGUUGUGCUCAUUGCCAAGUUAUAUUCAUACUGUCACGAUUAUUGGGUUGAACUAAAACUCGAUAAAAAAAUUUAUCUUUAUACUUGAAGGGACGCUUGUGCCCUUUAGAAUCUUAGAUCUUCUUCUAUACUGUCAGAUUUCUCAAGCAAAUUUCCUGCACAGCGUAGAUGCAAGGUUUGGUGGUGUGGUAUUUGUUUAACAAGGAAAAGGGUGAAGUUAUGAAGUGUUCAAGCUUUCCUUUGGCCAGCAAAGUAUCCGGAUGGUGAAAUUGCUAAUUGUACUCCAAGCUGGCCAUAGUGUUUGAGCUAAGCUUUGCUUGGUAGUAACUGCUCUGAGCUUGAGUCUCCAAUUGAAUGUAUAUGGCCUCCCAUGGCAAUCCUUCUGAGUGAAAUAUCUUUUGAUUUUGCCCAUAGAAAGAGAUAAAGGCCUCCAAUGACAAGUAUGGCUCCAAGAAUGCUGCAUAUAAAUUGACAUGAAUCAUGAUGAAAUUGAAAGUACUGAUUUCAUCACACGCCUGAUUGACGUUAUGUUGCAGAAAAAGUGGAGGCUUAAGGCUCACCUUUCUAGUUGUGCUAGUUUUCCCAAGAUGACAGUCUCGAGAAUGAAUGAGAAGAUGAUGAGCAAGGGGCAAAAUCCGGUCGCAAAGACGGCGCCUUUUUUGUCUUUUACGAACACCAAUUCUUUUUGCUUGGGUGAUUGAUCUUGAGCCAACUCCUUGUGGAGCUUUCAGAAGACAUGAAAUACUUGUUACAGAAUGGCAAGGAGCUGGAGGUUCCCAGACCACCUUAUCCUCCAAGAGGAAGGUCUUCUUUCUGUUAAAACCGCUAUAGCUGCAGUUUGAAGGGUGCCAGAGAUAUUUGCCAUAGUGGUCAAGGUAGCCCAGUUGAGUCCAGAGCCGACUUCAAACAGAUUCUUGAUGAAUCUAUUGGAGACAAGUUUUGAACCUGAUGCCACUUUAAAUUCGGAUACAAAGAUUGAAAAUCGGAACCUAACCGAACAUGCACCAGCCCUUUUACAUGUUAUAUAUAAAGAAGAACGUACUCAACUGUAAGAACCCGAUCAAGAAGGCCCAAAAGACUACACUACAUGUAAGUUCUGGCCUUUUCCCCCUGGUAAGAAAAGAAAUGAAGGAUGUAAGAGCUUUGAAAUUUGAAGUAGGAUAAAACAGAGGUGAAAUAUGGAGGUACCCUUUUCUUUUUCUAUUUUUUCUUUUUUUUCCAUUUUUUAAGCUUACCGUUCAAAGUGGAAUGCAAGGGAAGCAAGGAGUAGUACAGAGAUGAAGUGCUCGUAAAGGACAAGUAUAGUGGAACUGAUGCCUUUUCUGGGAUCAACGACAACGGAUACCAGUGAUAUGUAGGCAGCGAGGAUGAGCUGAUUUGAAGUCAUCAAGAAGGACUUAUCAAGGUUCAAAACUGUUAUGACCAGUGGAAGAGAAAGCCAACAAGCUUCCAGAUUAGGGAGUAGGAACUCAUGCCAAACAUAAUGGUACUCAAGUUUGAUACAGACAACUAACUGCUACUUCCCAAUGAGAACAGCCUUCAUGGAAUUCUUCUUCCUGAUUUCAUGGACCUCAUUUUCGCUCUUAUUGGUAUCUGCUCAAAACUUAACUACGUGUAUCUAAUUCCCUGCAAACUCUUUCCUCUAUCGGCCAAAAUGUUUAUUCCGGCUUCAAAGGCAAAAAGGACAACGGAGCUUGAGCCAUGCAUGAAUUUCACAAUUCUGGAACAUCAAGACCAAGUCCAGUUACAGAAACUAUAGAUUUACGGGUGAUUUUAUUUCUGGGCAUUCAGUGCAACAACGAGCCAAGUUUUCGCAGGCUAACGAUCAUUAUCUACGCUGUCCUGCUCACCAUCAAUGGCUCUCUGAUCAGAAUCUCUGGUGAAUGUUUUUGUUCAUCUUUUGCACUGUCUUUCGAUUUCACCCAGAGGAAGAGAUACAUACCGCCGAUCACCAGUAGAGCCGCAGCCAUGCUGAACAAAAAAUUCAAGGAUCAAAUAUUUGAUUCCUGUAAGAACUCAACAUUGAGUUAGAGUUUCCUAGCUCUUGCAAGUUGCAACAAAAAAGAUAGCAAUAAUUAUUCAAGUGGUGCAAAAAUAACCUCCAAGGUUGUGCAGAAGCUCCAAAGAAAAUAAUCUGCAGUAGGAAUGAGAAGACGAUGAGCAAUGGUGUGAGCAAUGGUGAGAAUGCCGAUGCAAAAACUGUAAUCGAUCUUGACGAUGAUGAAUCGUCGGAUGAAAAUUGUAACUGACAGCUUGCCGAUGAAAUAAUAAAUGAUGAUUUAGAGUA